UUCAGACUUCGGGAGGUUCAGCAGUGUCCCCGACACACCCUCCCAGAUGCAGACGUCCUCCCUGGAGGACCUGCUGUGCUCGCACGCCCCCCUCUCCAGCGAGGACGAAGCCUCCCCGGGCUGUGCAGCCUCCUCCCAGGUGACCUUCAAGGCCUUCAUUGGUGCGCCAGAGCUGCACGCCCGGGGCCCCGACAGGAAGCUGUCUCCGCUCCUGAGCCCCCUGCAGGACCCACUGGUGGACAAGACGCUGCUCGAGCCCAGGGAGAUGGUGCGACCCAAGAAGGUGUGCUUCUCGGAGAGCAGCCUGUCCACCGGGGACAGGACCAGGCGGAGCUACUACCUCAACGAGAUCCAGAGCUUUGCGGGUGCAGAGAAGGAUGGCCGCAUCGUGGGAGAGAUUGCCUUCCAGCUGGACCGGCGCAUCCUGGCCUAUGUGUUCCCUGGUGUGACGCGGCUCUAUGGCUUCACUGUGUCCAACAUCCCCGAGAAGAUAAAGCAGACCUCCAUCAAGUCCCUGGACGGCUCGGUGGAUGAGAAGAAGCUGAGGGAGCUGACGCAUCGCUACCUGACGCUGACCGCCCGGCUGGAGAAGCUGGGCUACAGCCGCGAGGUGCACCCGGUCUUCAGCGAGUUCCUCAUUAACACCUACGGCAUCCUGAAGCAGCGGCCGGACCUGCGCGCCAACCCGCUGCACAGCAGUCCAGCCGCGCUGCGAAAGCUGGUCAUUGACAUCGUGCCGCCCAAGUUCCUGGGCGACUCGCUGCUGCUGCUGAACUGCCUGUGCGAGCUCUCCAAGGAGGACAGCAAGCCGCUCUUCGCCUGGUGAGCCGCACAGCCUGUCCCUCCUGCAAUAAAGAUGUUUGUUCCAAACCCGGGGGCCGCCGUGCUCCUGCCUGUCCCUCCCGCAGGGGAAGCGGUCUGCUGGUGCUGCCGCGGGCAAAGGCCUCCCGUGGCCAGCCGCUCUUCCUGGGGGCCCAGCAGCCCUCCGCCGCCCGCAGUCAAGGGCACCUGUCGCCUUAUUAAAAGCAUGUUUACCUUUCUGCCUUA